AUGCAUUUUUCCGUGGCGUUCCUAGUGAUUAUGUAUCUGAUCGAAGGGGUGCAUUCUCUAGUUGAAUUCACGAAUUUCCAGUGUGAGGCAUUGGAUAGAAACUUUUGCGGGAUCGAGUACUGUCACAUAAAAUCCGUGAACCGGACGUACAAAUACAUUUCCCUUAAAGUUAAUCUCUUAAAAACUCCUGUGCGCUCAGUCAAGGUGAAUACGGCCAUUUACAAACGCUUGAGUGGCUAUAAGCCAUUUCUCUACAAUGUAACUGUAGAUGGCUGCAAAUUUCUUGAAAAUCAGAACUCGAAUCCCAUUUUUAAGUUCAUUUUCAGUGUUUUCGAAGACGCCUCCAAUAUGAACCAUACCUGCCCCUUCGACCAUGACAUAUUGGUUGAAAAGCUAUCAACAGAGAAAUUUAACCAUUACGUAACCAAAAUUCUUCCUUUUCCUGAGGGAGUAUAUAUGGUAAAAAUGAACUGGAUCGCUUAUGGCAUUAACCGAGCUAUAAUUCGACUACACUUUACAAUCACAUAA